UCAUAUAACAACUUGGUGCCGCUGCAAAUCAGACCUUUGAAGACACCAAAUCACUUUCGACGCAUUAGCAGCCAUGUCGUCGAAAAGAAAGGUUAGAGAGCCAAAGGAAGAAAAUGUCACUCUUGGACCAGCUACCCGUGAAGGAGAGCUUGUUUUUGGUGUGGCACAUAUCUUUGCGUCAUUCAAUGAUACUUUCAUCCAUGUGACUGACAUCUCUGGAAGAGAAACCAUGGUCCGAAUUACUGGUGGCAUGAAAGUGAAGGCAGAUAGAGAUGAAUCAUCCCCCUAUGCGGCUAUGCUUGCUGCACAAGAUGUUUCCCAGCGAUGCAAGGAACUUGGCAUCAAUGCUCUUCACAUUAAGUUGCGGGCAACUGGAGGGAACAAAACCAAGACCCCAGGUCCAGGUGCCCAGUCUGCCCUCAGAGCUCUUGCUCGUUCAGGCAUGAAGAUUGGUCGCAUAGAGGACGUGACACCAAUUCCAACGGAUAGCACUCGCCGAAAGGGUGGUAGAAGGGGAAGGAGGCUCUGAUUGGUGUGGUCACUAUUCAUUUGCAGGUUUUGGAUUACUGUUCUAUGUUGAGACUUUUGUAGGUUAUAUUUGUGUUUCAUGUGUUGGAUCUUGUCAUGUUUAUCAUCCUUUCUGGAUGGAUGUUUGAAUGACAUGCAUUUUUGGUGCCUUUUGUGUCAUUUGCUGCGAUCGUUUUUUGUGUUA